UAGCACCGAUGCCAUUGGUAGUGUGCCUUAUCUGCUGAUAUCGCGGGGCUUCGGGCCAGGUCAGGGGUGUUACUCCAUCUACUGUGGAUGUUUAUCCAGUUAUAUGUACGACCUGUAACGCUGCACACGCUCUUGCGCGUAACUCGUGGCGUGGACUUGUCUCGACAACUAGCUUACUUUUACUUGGCGCAGUUGCUACAACUGUCUUCUUUGCAGCAAUAUUAAAAUGGGCGAGGGAAUUAACGCCGAUGAGAGACCGGCGAAUGACUCUGGUGUUGAAGAAAAAUCCAAAUCGUUAGAAGAUGAUGUCAAGUAUUACACAUUAGAAGAUAUUAGAAUCCAUAACAUGAGCCAUGACACAUGGCUCAUCAUCCACGACAAAGUUUAUGACAUCACGAGUUUCCUUGAAGAGCAUCCAGGCGGUGAAGAAGUUUUGUUGGAGCAGGCAGGUUCAGAUGCAACAGAGAGCUUUGAGGAUGUGGGUCACUCUACAGAUGCCAGAGAGAUGCUGCAGCAGUUCUACAUUGGGGAGCUUCAUAUGGAUGACAGAAGAAAGGACAACCCAAAGAACAUCCUUGCUUCAGAUUCAGCAGAAUCAAGCAACUCUUGGACCACAUGGUUGAUACCCGCCAUUGCUGCAACCGUCAUUGGUGUCUUGUAUCGCUUCUACGUUUCCUCUUGAGUGCUGACAUUCCUAUCUCACGUCAUCCUUUUUCUGUUCAUCUGGAGGCCUUGAAAUGGUUGACCAAAACCACCUCACACAAUCUAGCCGUCGUAUCCUUGGCUACGAGGCACUUUGGUUGAAUGUUUGCGUCCUCGUCAGUCGACAUCCAUCAAGUUCACCCAACAGAAACUUUGUUCAAUUGACUGCAUCCACCUUCUUGAUUUCUUUGUCUUUUAUCUGUGUAGGUAGUUAUGUUCAACUAUGCAUCUUUUUGAUCCAGUUUGUCAGUUAUUUGUCCGCCCCAGUUAGAAACUAAUUUCAAUGAAGAUGCCAUUUUUCUAUAUUGCAUUUGAAACAUAUGUUACUGCUUUGUCGUCCAAAUGAAAAGCAAUGGUGUCAGGCAGCAUUUGAUUGCAUUACUCUUUUGUUUAUUUAACCAUUGGCAUUACAUAUCUUGUAAUUUCCUCUGAAUAUAGUAGUACAUUUUAAUGCAAAUCAAGGUAGAAUAUAAUGUUAUAUGUCUAUAACUUGCUCUCCUGUUUUCUUGUCGGGAUCGUAUGAAUAAUGAGCAAAACAUGUAUGAUACAACAAUAUUUUACUACUUAAAUAAUGGAAGUAGAAAUGUUGAUUUGUUUGUGAGCAAGCCAUAUUUUUUAAAUGUGUAUUUUUUGAUAAUUAGAAUAUCGGCAUCUGUCGACUUAAAUCGCAAUAUUUUUUGUCUGCCAACUGGGGGACUUGAAAAGAUGUCUUCUCAUGUUAAAAUUCGUUGUUCACUUCAUCAAGUUUUGCAUAGUGGGAUCACCCAUUCUUUUAGAUUUUCAUGUCUGUCAUUUUCUGUAACGCUACUACUUUAUAUAGCAUUUUCUGCAACUGGAAAUCCAUUACCUGCCUUUUAAUUCCCAAUAGUUUAGAAAUGAACAACUAUUAACCUGCUGCUGCCUUUAUUGUGACCAUAAUGCACCUGCAGGCAUCCACAUUGUGCUGACAGCUCUUUUGAAUUUACUCCAUGUUAUUUAAAGCCUGAUUGAAAUAAAUAUUUCCAAAACAUGAA